AUGUCUUCCAAAGGCGAUUUCGAAGUUCUGGUCACACACACCAGUGCAGUGAGACACCAGUAUGAUCCCAACACCGGCAUCAAAAGAGGACUCAAAACGAGGCACAUCUCCAUGAUGGCGCUUGCGGGCAUUAUAGGUCCUGGUGUUUUCAUCGGUAUGGGGUCGGCGCUCCAUGCUGGAGGGCCUGUGGGCUUAAUCAGCGGUUUUGCUAUAGUGGGCAUUUUGGUGUUGAUCAUGAUGUACUGUAUUGGCGAGCUCAACUCGAUGUUCGACUUUAAUUUCAAUGUACAUGCUUCUCGGUGGGUCGACCCGGCGUUUGGCGCCACUUUGGGCUGGUACUACGUGUUUUUGUGGGUGUGCAACAUCAUUGCAGAAUAUGUCUCUGUGACAUCUGUCUUGAGUUUCUACAGCACAAAAGUGCCGAUCUAUGGCUACUACUUGCUUUGCUGGGGCGUUUUCACUGUCUACCAGAUGUUCGGUGUUGACGUUUUCGGCGAGGUGGAGUACAUUUUGGCCUUUGUCAAGUUGCUUUUCAUUCUGGGCUUUUACAUUUUCAGCAUCAUCUAUGCUGGAGGCGGAAUCAAGGGCCACAGCCCAGGAAACCCAUUCCGCGACUAUCCGUUGGCCGGGGGCUUCAAAGGAAUUGCCAACUCUUUUGUCUACGCCGGUGUGUUCUACACGGGAAUCGAGAGUCUUUCAGUGACGUUUGGCGAGCUGAAAAACGUCCGUGCAGCAGUGAAAACAGCAGUCCGCCAGGCCGUGUUCCGUAUCUUCUACGUUUAUUUUGGUAUUUCCAUUUCUUACGGUAUCACAGUCAGAUGGAACGACCCAAACCUCUCGAGCUCAAGCAAGACAAUGAAGUCGCCCAUGACCAUUGCCUUGGUCAAUGCAGGCUGGCACAACGCAGGCUACUUUGUCACUUCUGUUGUUUUUGUUACUUGCAUCUCCUCCAUCAACAGCGCCAUUUACUUUGCCGCUAGAUGCUUAAAGAGAUUGGCCGAUGAUGGUUUUGCUCCCAAAGUUUUCACCACCGUGAGCAAAAAUGGUGUGCCUUGGGUUGCCACGCAUGUUGUGCAUCUUUUUGGAUUUUUGUCUUUGCUUUCCAUGAGCGACAGUGCCACUGUGGCUUAUGGUUACAUUGUCAACUUAGCUGGUGUGUGUGCAUUUAUCGUGUGGACCAGUAUCGUCUAUGCUCAUUACAGAUUCAGAAAGGGCUGGUUGAUCCAGGGGAACAGCGUUGACGACCUUCCAUUCAAGUCUCCAUUCUACCCAUACUCCAAUUAUGUGGGAAUUGUGUUGGGUAUAGUUCUUACUUUGGUGCAAGGAUGGUCGGUGUUCAAGCCAUUCCAGAAGGGCCAGUUCGUUGAUGUUUACAUCAUGCUCCCACUUUUCUUUAUAUUCUGGGUCGGUUUCAAGUACGGCUUAAAGAGUAAAUGGGUCAAGUAUGAGGAUAUGGAUUUCGAAACAGGACUACAGGAAACUCAGGGAGCCAUUAUGCUGGACCCAGAGGAAGGUUCGGCCAUCGACGUGGAAAAGCCUCCGUCACAGUCACUCUGGAGGAACGUCUGGAAUAGUAUAUAG